UGGCGGGGCACAGCUAGCUGUCCGUCAGUACCCGGUACUACUAUGGGAUACGCCGCGGUUUCCCUCCACCCGGGUUACCGCUUGAAGCUGUCCCUUUAACGCGCCUCCACCUGAGCCUGCCCUACGAACAUGGCGGAGUCCGGCGGGGAAGAGUUCGUCUCGCUGGGGCAGAGCAGCAUGGCUGACAAGAACAGCAGCAUGAAAUGCACCUUUUCCGCUCCAGGCCAUAGCACAACCGUUCUGCAGGGACUGACUGCACUACGAGCACAGGGCCAGCUGCUUGAUGUCAUUCUUACCAUAAACAAUGAAGUAUUCCAAGUGCACAAAGUGGUCCUAGCUGCCUGCAGUGACUACUUUAGGGCGAUGUUUACAGGAGGAAUGAGAGAAGCCAGUCAAGAUGUUAUUGAACUUAAAGGAGUAUCUUCUAGAGGACUGAGACAUAUCAUUGAUUUUGCAUACAGUGCGGAAGUUACUCUCGAUCUAGACUGCAUUCAUGAUGUCCUUGGAGCUGCUGUUUUUCUCCAAAUGGUACCUGUUGUGGAACUUUGUGAAGAGUUCCUGAAAUCUGCUAUGAGUGUGGAGACUUGUCUAAAUAUUGGGCAGAUGGCAACAACUUUCAGUUUGGCAUCUCUGAAAGAAUCAGUUGAUUUAUUCACUUUUAAACAUUUUCUUAAAAUUUCUGAGGAAGAAGAUUUUCUUCAUUUGCCUCUGGAACGGCUAGUUUUCUUCCUCCAAAGUAAUAAGUUAAAAAACUGCAGUGAAAUAGAUUUAUUUCAUGCUGCAAUCCGUUGGUUGCAGUUUGACUAUUCCCGACGAGCAAAUGCUAGUCAAGUUCUUUGCCACAUUCGCUUUCCAUUGAUGAAGUCUUCCGAGCUGGUGGACAGUGUUCAGAUUGUGGACAUCAUGGUAGAAGACGUGUUAUGCCGACAGUUUCUGCUUGAGGCCUUCAACUACCAAAUUCUUCCAUUCCGCCAGCAUGAAAUGCAGUCUCGUAGGACCAUUAUUAGGUCAGAUGUAUGCUCACUUAUAACGUUUGGUGGAACGCCUUAUACCGAUAAUGAUCGAACAGUAAGCACUAAAGUAUAUUACUUGCCAGAUCUGACUGCUCGUCAGUUUAAAGAACUCAAUGAAAUGGAGAUUGGUUGUAGCCAUGCUUGUGUUGCAGUCCUGGACAAUUUUGUAUAUGUUGUAGGAGGACAGCAUUUGCAAUAUCGAAGUGGUGAAGGUGCUGUUGAAGUAUGUUUUCGCUAUGACCCUCAUUUAAAUCAGUGGCUGCGAAUUCAACCCAUGCAAGAGAGCAGAAUUCAGUUUCAACUGCAUGUCUUGUAUGGCAUGUUAUAUGCAACUGGGGGAAGAAACAGAUCAGGAAGUUUGGCAUCUGUCGAAAGGUAUUGUCCAAGGAAGAAUGAAUGGACAUAUGUCUGCUCUUUAAAACGCAGAACUUGGGGUCACGCAGGUGCUACACUUCAAGGCAGACUAUAUAUUUCAGGUGGCUAUGGAGUAUCCGUUGAUGACAAGAAAGCCUUGCAUUGUUAUGACCCUUCUUUAGAUCAGUGGGAAUUUAAGACUCCAAUGAAUGAGCCAAGAGUUCUUCAUGCCAUGGUAGGGACCAAGAACAGAAUUUUUGCUUUUGGUGGUAGGAUGGAUCAUGUUGAUCGAUGUUUUGAUGUUUUGGCCGUUGAGUAUUACACUCCAGAGACUGACACGUGGACAACUGUAAGUCCAAUGAGAGCUGGACAAUCUGAAGCAGGCUGCUGUCUUUUAAAGCACAAAAUUUUUAUUGUAGGGGGCUACAACUGGCACUUGAACAACGUGACUAGCAUUGUACAAGUAUACAAUACAGAAACUGAUGAAUGGGAAAGGGACUUGCAUUUCCCAGAAUCCUUUGCAGGAAUAGCUUGUGCAUCAGUUAUACUACCACAGGUUACAACUCAGAGCUAACCAAAUAUAACAUUUCACAUGGACUUGAACUCCUCUUUGUAUUAUUUCAAUUUGUAUUGCCCAAAGAACAGUAAACUAAAAAGGUGUUCUGUACCUAAAGAUGCAUUAAAGCCUCUGUGUUCUGCAUACUCAUACCAUCUUUGUCUACACACUGUAUUUCCUGCAAUGUUCAUAUAUCACUAAGUAUUGUGCUUUUAUUCUAAAUGAUACUGUGAAACUAAAAGC